AAACACACACACAAGCACAGACAGGAUUAAAAAACAAUGAUUAUUAUUAUUAGUAUUAUUUUAAUACUAACACUGGGAUCAUUCCAUCAAAAAUGAAACAAAAUGGUGACAAAGGAACAAACCAGAUGGAGAAAUGCAUCCAAAACGAAACAUGUGGCGAAAUAUAUAACCAAAUAACGACAUUAUGACAUGGAUUUACAUGCAAAAAUGAGCUAUUUGUGUUAUUUUGAAGGCUAUAGUUAUUGCUAGUACUGCUAGUUAGAUAGGUAGUUAGUUAUCUAGUUUGGCUCGUGCGCUUGCUAAGUCAUCUGUCAGUACCACUGCUUUAGAGUUAUUAGCUAAAAAUAAAACCCUAAUUUAACAUUUUAACACUUUUUGAAGCCUGUCUUUAACCAAAGAAGUUAAAAAAGGACAAAUUAUAACAGUCAUAUUUAUCCAAAUAUCCUAAUUAUUUGCAAUAUUGACACAGCUGGCUAGCAGCUAAAACCGGCUAGCUUGCUAGCUGUCUAGCAUUGUUUGCUGUAUUUUUAAAACACUAGCUCGAUUAGCUUCACAGCUAAUUGACACUCAAAUUCUAACCACAAUUUCACAUUUAGGCCCAUAAAAAUGACGUGGCAUUUAAUUAUGCACUGGGUAAAAAUAAACAACAAACAAAACAACAACCAAAAACAACCGCUGAGUGUCUGCCACUGCUAAUGAAAGAAGCAGAAGGAAAAGAAGACCUCCCUGAUCAGUCACUACAAAGCAGUGUCAUGGAGGCGAACACACAAAUAAAAAAUGCUGGCACACAGAUGUUGCUUCACAUGGAUCAGUCUCCCUCAGGCUCAGCUGUAUCUGCCUUACAGUCAAAAUUCAAGGAAAUAUCACAGAGGCGGUCCAAAGGGAAAGAGACAUACAAUGUUCCACUUGAAGGUCCGUCAGAACCUUUGCACAAGAAAUCAGAUAAGGAACAAUCAUCUUUGAGCAUCCCAGAAGUCAAGAUAUUCAAAUCAAGCAGCAGUGCUGAUGAGGUUUCUGAACUACAAAACCUCACAGCUUCAAGUCACUUAAAGGUAAAUAAAUGGGAAAAGGAAGGAGACUCCAUUCCCAGUCUUGACUGUGGCCAUGGAGAAGGAUCCAUAAUGGAGAAUUUCACAACAAGUGGAGAUGGUGGCACCCUUCUGUCAAAGCCAACAUCUUCUCCAAGGUACUGGACACCGUCGAAAUGUUUUUGGAGAGUGGCCCGACCAGAGAUCCUUGUUUCCAAAAUUGAGGUCGAUUCUUUACCAAUAAACAUGAAGAAUGUGGUACAAGCCAGCGAGGGGGAGCAGAAGCUUAGAGUUGGAGGUAAUGUGGUUCACGAAGAAUUGCAGGGAUUGGACAGCUUGGAGAGCACUUUCCAAAGAUGUUUCCAAAAGGAACAAAGUCCACCAGAUGAACCCGGGAGAGAAGAUAUUUCAGAUAUUCUAAGUUGUCGAGAAGGAUACAAAACAGAGGUGGCUGAGACAGAGAAACCCCAAACUAACAAAACCACUUCAGCCAUGCUUGCAGAAGGACAGUAUCAGCCUCCACUGCCUCUCACCAACAAAGGUUUACCACCAUCUUAUAAAGAGGCUGACUGGGACACAGCAGUCGUCUUCGGAUCGGAGUUUAGCUUUAGAUCUGACUUGACUCUAAGCCCACGUCAUGAGCAGGCGAAGCGUUUGCUGGAGAGAGCCAGAUUAAAGGCUCGCUCUCAAAACCAAAAUAGUGACCAUGGAACUCAAGCCACUCAGAAAGAAGUCCUGGAGUUGUUACCAAUGGGUAAUCCACCACCGCAGAUCAUCACAACUACUCAUGAGCAGCAAGUACCUCUGCCUGUUCAGAUGCUGGAUGUCCGAGGCAGGAACAGUAAGCGUGGUGCUCACUUGCAGAGGCAAAGUCAAUUAUUCAGUCAUGUCCACUUUGAGGAUGAGUCAAAGAAAGAGGCAGAGCGUCGCUACCCAGAUAAAGUUUGUAAGCGUGGGCUGGUGUUGAUGGACAGUUCACUAUCCAAGGCACAGCUGCCUCUCACAGUCUCACUGGGGAGCAAAGGUUUAGGAUCAAACCAGGGUAGUGUAGGAAUCCCACUGGCCAUCCUGACUAAUCAAGGAGAUCCCUCGCUGGAGACUAUAUUGUGUAAGGAUGAGCCUAGGAAAUGCGAGGCCUGUGGGAGCAUCCUGACACCCAGUCAUCCUAAAGAAUCUUCGGAAAAUGCAGAGGAACAGAGAAACUCAGGUAAUCAUUGGGUCACUUCUGGUCAAUCAAGUCAUCAAAUCAUUCAACCAAAUCUUUUAGAAGGUACCAUGUUGACUGGAAGCUCCAGCCUCGAUGAGAAUGUUGAGGCUGCAGGAGCAAGUGAUGCUGGAGAGAGAGUGUCAGCUUUCGGCAAGCUCCGCAGGAGAAGUCGCAAAGGGGAAAACAGAGCUGAGGCGAGUCACGGACCUUAUGCUCGUGGUCAAGAUCUCUUAGCACAACGACGGAAUUCUAGGACCAGAUCCAGUCUGGAGGAGGUGGCUGGGCCUCGUUCCAAACCCGCACGGGGUGUUACUUUUGCUACUGAUUCCUUUAUACCAACAGCUACAACUUCUAGAAACUAUAGGGAUUCUGCUGGGAUACAGCUGCCCAUCAAAUCAGCUUUGAAGUCUGGGUCCAAGAGCAGGCCAAUAGAGCAACACGGGGUGAAGAUCCUGCCUUCAGCUCAGGAGGUGGAGAGAAGUCCUCACCAUGCUGUUGCUGCCCCUCAGGACAUUGGUGCACCUUCUCUGGUUUCACAAGUCUCCUCAGGACUCACUCCUUGUAUCAAACCAUCCUCUCUCAGGUACUCCUCACCUGUGGUAACUCCAGUAGAGCCAGUGGAUGCCCAUUCACCAAGUGAGGAUCCCACAUGUGCUGCAUCUCGUCCAACAGAAUGUUGGCCGAUUGUCCGAGGUGCAGCCAUGUCAAAGACUGAUGACUUGAGAGCAGAACUUCUGAGAUCAGAACACCGUAAAGCUGAAUUACAGUGGGAUGAAAAUUUAGCUGCAUCACGGAGAACAUUGGAGCGGGAAGGUCGGCCCAAGCUCUCCCUACGCCGUUUUUUCUCAGCCAUGGGUCUGAACAGCAUGGGAAAGAUGGUGAAGGGCAGCCGGUCCAGCAGCAUGGAGCAUCUGUCACUCUCCACAGCCAGAGCUUCUCCAAGUCCCACUCACAAAGGCCAACCUCUGUUGCAGAGAACGCCCUCUCUUCAGGCCCUCAAUACUGAGUCUCCUCUUGCUCAGCUGCGUAAAGCUUCUUCUGUACAGAGCCUGCAGUCACCAAAGAAGAAAUAUGAGCGCUCGACUAUUCUUGGAGAGCUUCAUUUGCCUCUUAAUCUGGGACCCAGGGAUCUUCAUGUUAAAAAGGGAAUGGAAAACUUAGAUGCAUCUCAAGUUUCAGGUCCAAUGGGCCGAAUUGUCCAGACUUUCCCUGAUGGCUCUUUGUUGCUAGAGCUCACUAGACCUGUCAAUGCACCUUUUGGCUUUGUUAUCUCUAGAGGAAAAGGACGACCAGACUCAGGAAUAUAUGUGGAGCAAGUGGGAGGCAGUGCCACAGACAACAUCUACACCAGCCUUUUGGGAGUAGGAGAUGAAAUCCUGGAGGUAAACGGAGAGAAGGUGAUUGGACUGAGUCUCGAUCAGGUGACUUGUCUGAUGACCCGCGAGAGUACAGCUACUGUCCGGAUCAUUCCACAUCGCUGGAUCCAGCACUGAACUGCACAAUCACACAAAAGCCAAUACUAGGAAAUUGAUCCAGCUAUAAUUAUUGAAUUUGUAUAUUAGAAAACCUGAAUGGGUGGAAUGUGCACCAAGUCCCUGUUUACGCUGUUACUAUAGAAACAAUAACUACUGUCCUAGCCAUGCUGUUAUAGAAAAUGAAUCAACACAUUCUGACCAAUCAGAUCUGAGAAUUUAACAGUGCUGUUGUGUAAAGAUAAUAUAGCUAACUUAGCAUUUAUUUCACCUUAAUUCACUGACGUAGGCUUGAAAUGCAUUAUGGGUAAUACACAUAUAUACCUCAGUCACCAAGCUUAAGCUCAUAUGAGCACUCAAUAUUAAUUACCAUUACUGUUAUGAGGGUAUUUGAUUUAGUCUUUGUGAGCUUCUAGCAGAACACUAACUAGAUGUAAAUGAUUAAUUUGUUUAUGCCUGUACCGUUUUACCUCAGCAAUGCCACUCGUCAUAUAUCAAUAUCAAUAAGCUAAAUAUGAAAACAUGUAUCAUCUUUCACUGUGAAUAACUAAACAUAA